AUGGUAUUGGAAUCUACGAAAACUAUUGCCGGUAGCUCCGCAAUAGGGUGUGAUGUGAUUGCGUCACGACUGGCAGAACGACUCGAUUCGCUUGCACUAGAUGGGCCGUUAGCUGAUGCACUAAAAAAUGGCGAAUUCAAUGCAAUAUCUGGACUUGCACCUUGUGACCUGGAAAUAGAAGUUCGCCUGGGAUGUAUUAAAAAUACACGUGACGGACAGAGAUUCUCUCUUCCUAUAGCAACAGACGCAUUACUCAGCGAAAGAGCUCACGUUCGGUUUAAUCCAAAUAUCACCGAUACGCAAUUUCAGGCCGCCUUCGGGGCCCUGAAACAGGCAGCUGAAGAUAGUGACUCCAAGUCGAACUGGCAGACAUCGUUAGGCAUACUUACAUUUGACCGGUUUUUCAAAUUACCUGAAUAUGAAGAAAGCAUACGUAUAAGUGUACCUCAAAAUCAAACAGAACGAUGCAAAUCGUUCAAAGCUAUACGCAAAGUUAAACUCUUGACAUGGAACGUAUCCACUGGAUCUGCGCUACGGGAAAGACCGAUUGGAGAUGAAGCGGAUGAGGUUACAGAACAGGAUCAGCUGGACUACAGGAUUGCAGUUAACCUCGAGUAUCGGGUACCAUUACGUGAACUGCCAAAUACUAAUGCUGCUACGUUGCGUAGAAAAAAAUCAAGAAACUCCUAUGUACACUCAAAAGGACAUAUAAGGUUUGAUUUGACGCAAGUACAGACCGUGGAGUCGGACUCCAGCGUAGGAGAUAGUGACAAAUGUAAUUAUGAAGUUGAAGCCGAACUGAUGGGAGAUGUGGUCGUGAACUUGCUGAAAAACGAGACAAUGUCACACUCGGAGAGGAUGAAGAUGCUAAAGUAUCACUGUACAACAUUAAUAAACGCCAUGAAUCACCUAAGGGAUGUUGUCAUGCGUGGCGACGCUUACUCUGAUACGGCAGGUGCCGUGCCCAGUGGAAUGAUGACAACGAAACUUGGAUUAUGUGAUUUGCGUAUGGUUCAACACUCCGAUGAAGCUAUUGCAAAAUAUCGGAAGGUAGUGUCACCGCAACUACCGCUUGUCGGUGACUACCUGUUUCGCGCCAUAACGCCCGCUCUGGAGCGGAAGGCAAUAAAAAGACAAAAAUGUUCCCCCUAUCGCGAACAUGUGGAGGCGAUUGCUGGCCCUUUCGUGGUGGAGGAUGGUGGAGCUGAACGCGGCAAAUAUGUCGUUCUCUCCAAACGCACAUAG